AUGGGGAACAUCCGUGUACUUGUAUCGUGCAUCAGUAAGUCGGUCUGCGUGUUCCUCGUGGCCACCUACACGGACGGACAGCCCACAGAAAACGCCGAGUGGUUCUGCAAGUGGCUGGAGGAGGCGUCCACAGACUUCAGAUACGGGAAGACGUUCCUCGAAGGCCUCAGAUACGCCGUGUUCGGCCUCGGAAACUCUGUCUACGUCGGCCACUAUAACACGGUGUGUAAAAACGUGGACAAGUGGCUGUGGAUGCUGAGCGCCACGCGCGUCAUGACCAGGACGGAGGGCGACUGCAACGUGGUGAAAAGUCGUAACGGGAGCGUUCAGGCAGACUUCCAGGCCUGGAAGGUCAAGUUCCUGAGCCGUCUUCAGGCUCUGGCCAAAGGAGAGAAGAAGAGCUGCAGCGGGAAAUGUAAGAAGGGAGGAUCCUGUAAGAACGAGAAGAAACACCGACCGGAUGAAGAGGAGAAAGCUUCAUCACACGACAACAGCUCUGAGGUGGAUUUAUUUGACUCGAGCAGCGACGAAGACGAGUCGGGCUCUCUGGAAGAGAAGAAAUCCGGUUCGGUGGUGGAUGUGGAGGAUCUGGGCACUAUCAUGAGCAGCGCCAAGAAGGCAAAGCUAAAUUGA